AUGUAUUAUGCGUUCGCAUCGCGCUACCUCAAAUACACAAUUGUCAGAUUCUUAGUGAAUCGUGCCACGAGGCCAUACUCGGACGAGUCCAUGCAAGUAAAUGAACUGAAGAAAACUCAGCAGGAUAUUGCAGAGAAGCGCCACCGAGCUCCUGGUCUGAAUGACCUUCCACCCGCACUGUUCAAAGACGGAGGUGAAGUCCUCAGUCAGCAUUUGUCCGAUCUGUUUGCUUCCAUUUGGGAAAAGGAGUCUGCCCAGACAACUGAGGAGAACGACAUCGAUCUCAUCUUGGAAGAGGACGAGGCGCAGGUGCUUUUCGAUGAACUGACAAAAGUCACCCUGUCCUUUGAUAUGCACUUUGCACCCACAAAGUGUAAGGCCAUGCUCCUUGUCAUGCAGUCACUGAACCCGCCACUUACAAUUCAGGGAGAGGUACUGGAAGUUGUGGAGCGUUUUACGUAUCUUGGAAGUUGUAAUGUGAUAGAUGAGCUGGAUGCACAAAUCUGCAAGGCUCGGGCCGCGUUUGCUAACUUGAGACGCCCAUGGCGUCAGAAUGGUUUAUCCCUGAAUCUCAAGGGACAGGCUCUAUAUGCCUCUUCCAGUGGACGCGCACGUGUCUACGCCAAAUUCUUUCCUGAGUUCACCAAAUUCAGUGGCGUCAAACAAGGAGAGUCCAUUACACUUAUUCAGCUUCAUCUAACUGAAAGCUCAGAUUCGCCCAACGCUUAUGCAUUCAUACUAGCCCUACCCAAUGGAUCAAACAGAAGGGAAACCAACCUUCCUUAUCGUAAAUCCAUCCCUGAAUGUCUGCCUAUGCAUCUGUUGUACAGCAAAUGA